AUGGGGAGCUCAGGUUUUAAUUGGAAAUUGGCGGAUCACCCAAAGCUUCCAAAGGGGAAGACCGUUGGGCUCAUAGUUUUGGAUGGCUGGGGCGAAGCCAAUCCCGAUCAGUACAACUGCAUCCAUGUCGCUGAGACCCCCGUCAUGGAUUCAUUUAAGAAGGGUGCUCCUGAAAGAUGGAGGCUAGUGAGAGCUCAUGGAACUGCUGUGGGCCUUCCUACAGAGGAUGAUAUGGGCAACAGUGAAGUCGGCCACAACGCUCUCGGUGCCGGGCGUAUUUUUGCCCAGGGGGCAAAGCUUGUUGACAGUGCCCUUGAGACUGGGAAACUUUAUGAAGGAGAAGGUUUCAAGUACAUUAAGGAAUCUUUUCCUACUAACACAUUGCAUCUCAUUGGUUUAUUGAGUGAUGGUGGCGUCCAUUCUCGGCUAGAUCAACUGCUAUUGUUGGUUAAAGGAGCUAGUGAGCGUGGUGCUAAAAGGAUCCGUGUUCAUAUUCUCACUGACGGCCGUGAUGUUUUGGAUGGCUCAAGUGUGGGAUUUGCGGAAACACUUGAAAAUUACCUUGCAGAAUUGCGUGAGAAAGGUGUGGAUGCACAAAUUGCGUCUGGUGGUGGUCGCAUGUACGUCACCAUGGAUCGUUAUGAGAAUGACUGGGGAGUUGUAAAACGAGGAUGGGAUGCCCAGGUUCUAGGUGAAGCUCCCCACAAAUUUAGGAAUGCUGUUGAAGCUAUCAAGACGUUGAGACAGGAACCAAACACCAGUGACCAGUAUCUACCUCCUUUCGUUAUUGUUGAUGAGAACGGAAAGCCUGUGGGCCCAAUAGUGGAUGGUGAUGCUGUUGUUACAUUCAACUUCCGCGCAGACCGUAUGGUUAUGAUUGCCAAGGCGCUCGAGUAUGCUGAUUUUGACAAAUUUGAUAGAGUUCGAUUCCCUAAAAUCCGUUAUGCUGGGAUGCUGCAGUAUGAUGGUGAGCUGAAGCUUCCAAGCAAAUACCUUGUAGAACCUCCAGAGAUAGACAGAACAUCUGGUGAAUAUCUAACGUACAAUGGUGUCCGUACUUUUGCCUGCAGCGAGACUGUUAAAUUUGGCCAUGUCACUUUCUUCUGGAAUGGGAAUCGUUCUGGGUAUUUUAACCCUCAAAUGGAGGAGUAUGUGGAAAUUCCAAGUGAUAGUGGAAUCACAUUCAACGUCCAGCCAAAAAUGAAGGCAGUGGAGAUUGCCGAAAAGGCGAGGGAUGCUAUUCUUAGUAAGAAAUUUGAGCAGGUACGUGUUAACCUACCAAAUAGUGACAUGGUGGGGCAUACCGGUGACAUUGAGGCCACAGUAGUUGCUUGCAAGGCUGCUGAUGAAGCUGUCAAGAUAAUUAUUGAUGCAAUAGAGCAAGUGGGUGGAAUUUAUGUUGUUACUGCAGAUCACGGUAACGCUGAGGAUAUGGUGAAGAGAAACAAGAAAGGGCAACCUCUUCUUGACAAGAAUGGCAACAUUCAAAUUCUUACCUCCCACACUCUUCAGCCAGUUCCAAUUGCAAUUGGUGGUCCUGGACUGGCACCUGGCGUCCAGUUCCGCAAGGAUGUUCCCAAUGGUGGGCUUGCCAAUGUCGCUGCAACCGUGAUGAAUCUGCAUGGAUUUGAAGCUCCUGCCGACUAUGAGACGACACUCAUUGAAGUUGUUGAUAACUAG